AUGGCGCCCAAGAACAAGGCGGCGAAGAUGUCCCUGCAAGACUUCCUAGGCGACCAGGCUCUGGGCUCAUGGGCUGACGAGAUGGAGGACAUGCCAAUGCCCCGCGCAGGUGGUGGCGGCGGCGCCAGCUACGGCGGCGGCAGCGAUAGGCCCACCUUUGGCUCUGGCGGCGGAUUCGGCGCUGGCCGCGUUGAAAGCUUUGCCGACCGCGGCUUUGCUACCCGCGAGGAGCUCCCCCUCCCCUCGAAGCCCCCUUACACUGCCCAUCUGGGCAACCUCUCCUUUGAUGCCACCGAGGGCGAUGUCAACGACUUUUUCAGCGGAUGCGAGGUCACCAACGUGCGCAUCGUCGAGGACAAGCUCGACCGCAAGCCCAAGGGCUUCGGCUACGUCGAGUUCGGCUCGCUCGAUGGCCUGAAGAAGGCGCUCGACCUGUCCGGCUCGCAGUUCCAGGGCCGAAAUGUCCGCGUCAGCGUUGCUGAGCCCCCCAAGGACCGCCCCGAAGCCAGGGACAUCUCCGACUGGUCUCGCAAGGGCCCCCUCCCCGACCUUCCGGGACAGCGCCGCGGCCCCGACCGCGGUUACAGCAGCCGUGGCUUCGACGCUGCAUCCGAUGCUGGCAGCGACCGCGGCGAGCGCAGGCGCCCGGCAUUCGAGAGCGACGGCAAGCAGCGUGACUUUGGUAACUGGGAGCGCAAGGGCCCCCUCUCCCCCUCGACCGAGGCACCGAGAGAAGGCGGCAGGCGCUUCGAUGGUCCCCGUGAGCCCCGUCCCGAGCGCGAGGGUGGCUUCCGUGAAAGGCAGUCGCCUGCGUGGGGCGAGGGCCGUCCCGAGGGCGAGCGUGGUCCCCCACGUCGCGAGUUCCAGCCCAGCGAAGGCAGGCCGCAGUUCGAGAGACAGCCUACUGCUGCAGACCAGGACAACCAAUGGAGAUCCAAGAUGCGCGCCGAUGCCGCAUCCCCGACUGGCACCCCAGACGCCAGCACCCCCUCGUCUCCCGCCCCUCUUGCCAGCCGCCCCAAGCUGAAUCUCGCAAAGCGGACCGUUUCCGAGGCCCCGGCUGCUCAGCCAGCAACUCCCUCCGACAAGCCGAACCCCUUCGGUGCCGCCCGUCCCAUCGACACAGCUGCCCGUGAGAGGGCGGUGGAGGAGAAGCAGAAGCAGGCCGCACAGCAGAAGAAGGAGGCAGACGACAAGGCCCGCGAGGAGAAGAAGGCCAAGGAGGCCGCCGCUAAAGAAGCUGCAUCCGCAAAAUCGACCGAGGAACCCAAGGAGGGUGGCGAGGUCCCCAAGGCUGUCGAGAAUCCCGAGGCUGAGGCUGAGGACGAGACUGCCAACGGCGAGAUUGUCGACGAUAAGGAGGUCAAGCCUCAGGAGGUUGUCCAGGCCCCCAAGGACGGAGGAUCCUGGAGACGCAAGUCCAGCACACCUGCUGCCCCCGCUGGUACCACAACCGAGACUUUGGAAGACGAUGGCUGGAGCACUGUCACCAAGGCGCCCAAGAACGCCCGCACCAACCGUCGUGGAGGCGCUCCUACCCGCGCCAUUGCCUCGUAA